AUUCUUCCAAAAACUCUUGACUUUCUUCUUUGAUUUUUUGAAUCACCCACGUCAUUAGUGGACACAGAGAGGCGUCGUUUACUUUGUCAACCCCUUCUUCUUCUUCUUCAUUCAACCAGUCUAUAUAGAUGGAUCUGUAGUAUCCAAUUCAUUUCUCCAAAAAUGGCGAUCUUAAUCAAUCUAUUUCUUUUCUUUAUCCUCUACACCAUCACCAAACAUCUCUUCAACAAGAUCCGAAAUCUCCCGCCAACCCCCUUCCCAUCCCUCCCAAUAAUCGGCCACCUCCACCUCAUCAAGAAACCGCUCCACCGAUCACUCUCCGCCUUAUCCAACCGCUAUGGCCCCAUCCUCCUCCUCCAGUUUGGCUACCGCCGUGUCCUCAUCGUCUCCUCCCCCUCCGCCGCCGAAGAUUGCUUCACCAAAUGCGACAUCGCGUUCGCCAACCGUCCGCGUCUCCUCGCCGGAAAACACUUAGGUUAUAACUUCACAACGCUGACGUGGGCGCCGUACGGUGACAAACUACGAGAGCUUCGGAAAUUGUCCGCCGUCGAGGUUCUAUCGGCUCAUCGCGUGCAGUUACUGUCUGGAAUCCGUACCGAUGAGGUGAAAUUGAUGAUUAAAUCUUUGUUUAGGAAUAAGAAAAAUGAAGAACAGGUUAAUUUGAAAACUAUAUUUUUUGAGCUGAUGUUAAAUGUGAUGAUGAGGAUGAUCGGCGGGAAGAGGUAUUACGGAGAUAACGUUGAGGAAGUGGAGAAGGCAAAGAUUUUUCAGGCGAUUGUGAGGGAGACGUUUAUUGCGGCGGGGACUAAUAUGGGGGAUUUUUUGCCGUUGGUGGCGGCGAUUGGUGGCGGUGAGGAGAAGCUGAAGAAAUUGGCGGUGAGGAGAGAUUGUUUUAUUCAGGAUUUGAUUGAUGAACAUAGGCAACGGAUUGCGAGUUCUUGUUUGCCGGAGGAGAGGAGUAAAAGUUUGAUUGAGGUGUUGCUGGCGCUUCAGGAAUCGGAACCGGAGAAUUAUUCUGAUCAGACUAUCAAAGGGCUUAUGCUGGUGAUGCUAUCAGCAGGAACUGAUACUUCAUCAGUAACUAUGGAAUGGGCAAUGUCAGCUCUAGUGAACAAUCCUGAAGUAAUAAAAAAAGCACAGAAAGAACUUGACAGUGUCAUUGGAGAUGAUCGUCUAAUGGACGAAUCUGAUAUACCAAAUCUUCCUUAUCUUCAUUGCAUCGUUAAUGAAGUAAUGCGAAUGUAUCCAGCAGGACCAUUAUUGGUUCCUCAUGAGUCCUCAGAGGAGUGUUAUAUAGGAGGCUAUCGCAUCCCCGCUGGGACAAUGUUGUUUGUAAACAUGUGGAGUAUUCAAAAUGACCCUAAAUACUGGGAGGAGCCCGAAAAAUUUAAGCCGGAGAGAUUUGUAGGGUGCGAAGGAGUAAGAGACGGGUUUAGAUUGAUGCCUUUUGGAUCAGGAAGGAGGAGCUGCCCUGGAGAAGGCUUGGCUUUGCGCAUGAUUGCUUUAGGCAUAGGUUCACUCCUUCAGUGCUUUGAUUGGGACAGAGUUGGCGCAGAUUUGGUAGACAUGACUGAAGGUGUUGGACUCACCAUGCCUAGGGCUCAUCCUUUGGUGGUCAAAUGUAACCCACGUUCAUCCAUGGUCAACCUGCUCUCUAAGGUUUGAAUAAGUGGCGUAGCCAGAAAUAUUGUCAGGCAGGGCGAACUGUUAGGAAAAAAAGUUUUAAUCGUCGGUUUCUUCAUAUAAACCAGGACGGAGCUUUGAGUCCGUAUUUUUUUCCUAAAGAAAUUUAUGUCUCUAAUCAGCUCCGACGAAGGUGAACGCGCGGCCCGUCCGUGAGUGGUGCUAUCACUGGUUUGAAUUGUUUUGCAUGUAUAUAUAUCCAGUUCGGGUUCAUACUUUAUUUAUGAAUCCAAUCAAUUAAAAGUUAUGGAAAUUAUAUGCAUUCUUUCAACUUUUAAUUAGUUGGAUUUAUGAAUAAAACACAGAUUUGGACUAGGUAAGUCUUUUUGUUAGUGUAUUAUAGUCUAUAAAGGAUUUAUGCGGACCUCUUUAAGAUUUUAAUUGGUGUUGGUAUAGAGAAGAACACGAGUUUGCCUUA